AUGAGCGAGAUUGCCACGGACAAGUUCGAUGAUUGGAAAAAAGAAGACUCUUUUGAGCAUCAUGAACUGGCCAUUGUGGAACAGCCCGUCAGUUCAGCAAACCAAGAAUCUACAUGCUCAAGUGCUCUUGACCUUCGUGAUCCUCGUAAUUGGCCACACUGUAAAAAGGAUGUGGUCAUUUUGAUGAUUUCAUUCCAUUCAAUGAGCUCAACUUUCAUGACCGCUGGGAUUGUUCCUGCAAGUUCCAAGUUCGCAGUUUCUUAUGGUGUAUCUCUUGCUUCCGCGAGCUAUCUCGUAUCUAUACAAAUCCUCUUACUCGGAGUUACACCCAUAUUUUGGGUAGUUGCCAUGGAACGAUACGGCCGCCAUUAUAUACUGAUAUUUUCAGUGCUGGCAAGCAUGGUAUGCAACCUUGGUGGGGCAUGGUGCACAACCUAUGCUGGUCAAAUGGUUACUCGUGCAUUGUGUGCCACCUUUAUUUCACCACCAAUUGGCAUUGGCAGUGUAAUAGUCACAGAGUUGACUACACCUGAUGAACGUGCUCGGAAAUUAGGUUGGUGGGUUGUUAUGACAAUUCUCGGCACACCUGCAGGUCCCUUCAUUAUGGGAUUUGUAGUACAGCACACUCAGGUCCGAUGGAUAUUCUGGAUAUAUUCCAUCGUCAACUUUCUGCAGGCAGUAGCCUAUUUGUUACUCGGAGCAGAGACGCUAUAUCCUCCGGUACCGAAAUCCGAGACCCUUGAAGUAAAGGGCUCUGUCAUGAAGACUCUAGCGAGGAAAUUAGUUCCAAGAAGACUUGAUGUGCGGCCGAUGAGACUCCGAAACGUUCUAACUCCAUUCGAGCUGGCAGCGAAUACCCGUAUAUUGGUAGCAGCUAUGGCCACUUCCAUUAAAUUCUGCUAUGGAAAUAUUGUAUAUGUCGUCGAAAUGCCACUUACAUUCACAGAGAAACUUGGUCUCGAUGCCCAGCAGACUGGUCAUCAAUUCGCUUCGUACAUUCAAAGCGCAGGGGGGAAUUUUUAUCCCGCCGAUCGUUUUUGGCUGACGUAUAUUGGCUUUUUCACUAUAAUUGCCGGCCUUUUGAUCUGGGGAUCUCGACUCGAACAAGCGACAACCUGGAAUAUUACUCCAUGCGUGGGAAUUGCUAUUGCCAGUUUUGGAAAUCAGAUACAAUCGAACGUCCUCACUGCGUAUGCCGUUGAUACGUCCCCCGACAAGUCUGCCCAUAUUGGAGUAUUCUUCAAUUUUAUAAGACUUCUAUAUGGUUUUAUCGCUCCAUUCUAUUUCCCAUACCUGUUUAAUACUUUAAAUUAUGCGGUCGCGGCCGGACUGAUGUGCGGACUUGUGGUUAUUGGUGGAAUAAUCCCUGUUUCAAUUAUCCAGCUCACAGCAUCUCGCAAAGAUCUCUCAAUAGAGAUGUAG